AUGCUAGGUUUCAAAUGUGAAUCUGCUUCCUUGACCACUGGUUGUCUACAUUUGAGAAAGCAAUGUGUAAGUGCUAUGGAUGGAUGUGAAAGUGCUUGGGCAGUAAUCGAAGAUGUCUGUAAUGUUUCAGGUCACAACUGCACUAUGAAAGAGUCACUGAACUGCAACCUGAGCAUUCAGUUGCUGGCUGAUCGUUACCCUGCAUUUAAGGACUGCCUCUGUGCUGAGGAUAUUUCCUGUAGCGCCACAAAUUUUCUUGGACGGAAAUGUAUCAUUAAAACAGGAUUCAAGGGGACCCGAUCCUGUUUGGAAGUAACAGUGGCUUGUGUUGGAGACACAGUGUGUAAUAAACAAUUGGCCAGAUUCCUGAAAGAUUGUUCCACUCAUGGAAGUCUGUGCAACAUGAAUCAGUGCCAAGCAGCCAUACGGUUCUUCUAUCAAAAUAUUCCUUUUAACAUUGCCCAGAUGUUGGCUUUUUGUGACUGUGCUCAAUCUGAUAUUCCUUGUCAGCAAUCCAAAGAAGCUCUUCACAGCAAGCCAUGUGCAGUUAACGUAGUUCCAAUCCCGUCAUGCCUAAAUGUAAUUCGCAGCUGCCGGGAUGAUGAAUUGUGCAGGCAACGCUUUGAAACAUUUCAGUCAAAAUGCUGGCAGGAUAUGGAUAAGUGCAGUGAUGAUGAGACUUGCAUUGUUACCUUAAACAAAGAAAAUAUAACUUGCUCCAGAAAUGAGGAAUGCAGAGAAGCUUACAUUGGCACCUUAGGCACUUACCUUCACGUCCAGUGCACCUGCAGCACCCUUUCCCUAACUGAAGAGUAUUUAUGCAAGAUUUUCCAUCAUAUACUCCACAGCAGGUCAUGCUUCAACGUAGCCUCUAAAGAUUUUGCCUAUUCCAACAGUCCAGAAAUGCUGGCUCCAGUUUCGUUGAAAGGUUUACAGGCGCACAAAGGAUUUCAAUAA